AUGGCCACAAUUCGUCCUAUGAGUCCUAUGGACAUGCUAAAGUUCAAUCCUUGCAAUUUAGAUCAUCUGACAGAGACGUAUAACAUCAGUUUUUACCUCGACUAUUUCAGACAGUGGCCACACCUCUGCAAAGUCAUCGAAGGACCAAGUGGACAGAUAGAAGCUUAUAUUCUCGGCAAGGUCGAGUCUUCACCAUAUCCUGCACCGGUAGAACCUUAUGAUCCUGGCUUGACAAUCUAUCGAAAAAAGUGGCCAAACUACCUGCCAUGGCAUGCACAUAUCACUUGUUUGACGGUAGCACCGUCCGCGCGAAGACUCGGCUAUGCCACAAUACUCUCCGAAGCAUUGGAAAAGGUCGGAGACGAUGAGAACGCUUGGUUCGUUGACCUCUUUGUGCGCGUAGAGAACGAAGCUGCGAUUAAGCUUUAUAAGAAAAUGGGAUACUCGGUCUAUCGGCGAAUCGUUGACUACUAUCACGACGGUAGCGAUGCAUUUGACAUGCGCAAGCCUCUGAAACGAGACAAGCACCGUAAGACUGUCCGCCAAAAUGGCGAAAACAUCAAGGUCGACCCAAGUGAAGUUUGGUAA